ACAACUUAAGUUACACAAAUCCGAAAACGUCGUCGUGCAGUGUGGUCUGUUGACGAGACAGAGUCGCCGGCUAAGGAUGUUUUGAUACAAAAAGCUUCUUCCUUUCCUUCCUUCGAUUCAUUCAAUUUUUCGAUUUCUUACUUUCAUAUUUUUCUGGAUCCUUCAAAUCUGAUCUAACCCUUCUUCUUCCUUUGAAGAAUCCCUCUUUCAGAUAGAUGGCUGCAAAUUCUGAUAAUAUCUUGUCCUUGUCAUUGCGGCCUACUUCAGAGGUUGAUGGUGGCAAUGAUUCUCCCCGGGUUGCAGUGUGUUCUCUUUGCCGCAAGGCCUUAUCACCUGAUGAUGAGAUAACAGGCGAUCUUUCCACCGGUAGUGUAUGUGGUGAUUGUAAAUUUUUAUUGCUUGAAGACUUUGGGAAUCACACCCUUACACAAAGCUCUCGAAGGAGGCUUAGAGGAAGAUUGAGACAUGGUAGUUCUGAAUCAGUUGAGAACCCUACAUCUGUAGAUGAAGAUCAAUUUGUAGAUGGUGAUAACCCUGCAUGGUCAUUGCAAUAUGCUAGUGCAAAUACGACUCCUAGUGGGUCUAGAAGCUGGAGGCAUGCUCUCUCAGAUACUGACAGUGAUGGUUUUGAUAAUUGGCAUUCUCUUCAUGGUGAAAACGAAUUUGGUAAUUGGUCUCCUCUUUAUGGUGAAAAUGAAUCAAGUUCGAGUUUUAUACCGUAUAGGAUUCCUCGCAGUGAGACUGAUUCUUUUUCUUUCAGUGCUUAUGGAGGUGAGUCAGAUAUCUCUGUGGAUAGACAGAGUUUUGUAGGCACUGGAAUUUUUAAUUUACCUGAUGAGGGAGAUGAGUUUGAUAGUGACACUGACAUAGAUCCAAUGCAUGCUGGCAUUGGCCAUUGGAAUUCGGAUGAUACACAAGAUAAUGACGAAGAAGAGGAGGAUGAGGACGAUGAAGACGAGGGGGAAAGAGAACUACCUGAAGUAGAAGCUGCUACUGAACCUGAGGGAAUAUUUAGCCAGAUAAUCAGAGAAACUUGGUUAGCUUUGGACGAUGCUGAUUUACCUCAUGGAUCUGAUUUUGGAGAUUUCCUCGAUACUAGACGCUUCGAUGAUCUGCUUGAUCAUCUUGCUCAAAAUGACAGCUCAAGACGAGGAGCACCUCCUGCUGCUGCGUCAUUUGUGAAUAAUCUUCCUUGUGUAGUCAUUAGCAAGGAACACGAGAAGCACGAUGAACUAGUUUGUGCCAUCUGCAAGGAUGUAUUGGCCCUUGGCACUAAAGUAAAUCAACUUCCAUGUUCUCACCUUUACCAUUCUCAUUGCAUUUUGCCGUGGUUGAAGACACGUAAUUCAUGCCCUCUUUGUCGUUUUGAGCUUCCAACCGAUGAUAAGGAUUACGAAGAGGGAAAACAGACCACUGAUGGUAGAAAUGUGAUCUAUGAGAGACAUCAACUAAAUGUUAUGGAUGAUAGUUUCUCUGAUAUUUCUGAUGGAGCUGAAGCGGGUGAAGAAGAUGGUAUCACUACUCAUGAUACCGCAGAUUCUUCUGCAAUAAGAGGUGGCAGAGGAAGAUGGUUGUUUCUUGCUGCAGCUCCAAUUGUUAGUCUAGUAGGAAUGGUUAUUGUACUGUGGUUAGGUAGGAACUCUCAAAUUGAAGGGACUAGACAUUCGAGUGCUCACUAUUUGUCUGCGCAAAAUCAGCACGGUGUUCGUGUUUAUGGUUCUCAAAACCAAAGGGAGAGUAGAAGCAGAAGAUGGUGGUGUCCAUUCUAAGUGCUUAUCAAAUUCUUUAUCAAUAAUGCAUUUUGUAAUAGCCAAUAUGUUUGAUGUGGCUUUUAUGAUCACUAAUUUAAAAAAUAAUGUGUAAAUUUAAGUUUGUAAACUACCUGAUUGUGCUUCAAGGAACUGAUGCCUGAAUAUUUGACAAUCAAUUCUUUGAUGUUUUUCUGUUUUA